UCACUAACAUGUCUUGUCACUGUCCUUCAGGUCAGCGUCAUGAUGCACCCUCUAGUCUUCACUUCGGGCCUCAUACUGCUUCUUUCAGGUGCUGUGGAUUCUGCUAAAGUAGUGAAGGGGGUGGUGGGACACCCUGUCACACUUCCAUGUACUUACACAGUAUCUAGUGGCAUCAAAAGCACAUGUUGGGGGCAAGGGGCAUGCCCACCUUCUAAAUGUGCAAACACACUUGUCUGGACCGAUGGAUAUCGAGUCACCUAUCAGAGGAGCAGCCGGUACCAACUAAAUGGGAACAUCCCUCAAGGAAACGUGUCCUUGACAAUACAGAACGCUGUUCAGAGUGACAGUGGUCUAUACUGCUGUCGAGUGGAGGUACCUGGAUGGUUCAACGAUCUGAAAUUCACCUUUUCAUUGGAAAUUGUACCAGAAAUUCCCACAAUCCCUCCAACAAGACCCACAACUACAACAAGACCCACGACUAUAAUAAGACCCACAACUAUAGCAAGACUCACAACUACAACAAGACCCACGACUACAGAAAGACCCACGACUACUUCAACAAGACCCAUACAUGUACCAACAUCAACCAGAGUCUCUAACUCUACUCCUCCAACACCAGCACAUAUGCAGACUAAACCAGAUUGGAAUAAUGCUGUGACUUCCUCAGAGGACUCUUGGAAGAAUUACACUGAAGCGAUCCCUGUACAGAAGCCGCGUUGGAACAUAGCUAAGGGCUUCUAUGUUGGCAUCUCCAUUGCUGCCCUGAUGCUGCUGCUGCUUCUGAGCACCGCAGUUGUCACCAGACACAUGCUUAUGAAAAAGAAGUCAUGGUCUUUAAGCGUGUUUCCCUUCUGUGUGUCUAAGACGGGAGCUUUGCCAAACACAGUGGUCGUGCAUGCCCGAGCUGAAGAGAACAUCUACAUUAUUGAAGGCAGGCCCUGA